AUUAUUCUGGUUCAAGGUGAUUGUACUGCAAAAGAUGUGGCUUUGGUUCAAGGUGAUUGUUCUGUGAGUGCUAUAGUACAAGAUAAGCCUUACAAGUGUGGAGUGUGUGGUAAGAGUUACUUGAAACCUGGUCUUUUGGUGGCACAUAAUCGAACCCACACUGGUGAGAAACCCUUCAAUUGUAACUUCUGUAGUAAGAGCUUUUCGCGACGGGAUAAUCUUAUAUCUCAUUCUCGAAUUCAUAGUAGCGAAAAACCUUACAAGUGUGAAGUAUGUUCUAGAGGGUUUUUCCGCAAUUCAAAUCUUUUAAUUCAUGCUCGUAUUCACACUGGAGACAGACCUUACAAAUGUGAUGUAUGUGGUAAGGGCUUUACUCAGCCCCGCCACCUUCUAAAUCAUUCGAGAAUACACACUGGAGAUAAACCAUUUAAAUGUGACGUGUGCAGUAAAGGAUUCAUAACUCGCGACAAACUCGUUGCCCACAAUCGAAAACACACUGGUGAUAAGCCGUUUAAGUGUGAAGUAUGUACUAAAAGUUUCACUCUUCGUGGUGUACUCGUAGCCCAUAUGCGAAUCCAUAAUGCUGACAAACCUUUCAAGUGUGAAUUCUGCAACAAGAGAUUUGGUAGGCUUGAUAAUCUUGUGCCUCACAUUAGUACGCAUACUGGAGAGAAGGCGUAUAAAUGUGAAGUUUGCCCUAAAAGUUUUGCUCGUAAAGGUCACCUUAUGGUUCAUAAUCGAAUACACACGGGAUAUCGUCCUUAUAAAUGUGACUAUUGUUGUAAAAGUUACACAGUAAGAAGGGACCUUGAUGCUCAUGUUCGGACGCACACCGGAGAUAGGCCAUAUAAAUGUGAUGAGUGUGGUAAGGGAUUUACACAGCGAGGGGCACUUGGGGUGCAUAUCCGCUCCCAUACUGGUGAGCGACCCUUCAAGUGUGAUAUAUGCCAUAAGGGAUUUACAGUUCGUGGGCAUCUUCUGGCCCACACUCGUACUCGCCAUUCUUAAACUUUUUUUUAUGUAUGCUAGGAAACUGUCUACUGAUUGAGUUAAUCUAUCCUCAGAAAUAUCAUUAUUCCAGGAUCUUGAAUACAUGGAACACAUGAUAUUUUUAUUUGGCAUGUCUGAGAGUGUCUAUUUUGUAAUUUCUUCCCUCUCUUGACACAAAAGAUAUUUGUUUUUAAUCUCUUACCUUGUUAUUGUUAAUUUACAGUCAACUUUAUGUUAAGUGUUUUGCAUCAUUCCCUUGGUACAGUGCUCCCAUUGACAGAACAACUGUAAUUUCCUGGCUCUUGAUAAGAACUGUUUGAUUCACUUCCAAGCAUUACAAAAUUAUCCUGCUGUGAUUCAAGUAUUUCUCUUUUAAAACAAUCAAAUAAACUUACCUGUGUUAUAAUACUGUCCCUAUACAAGCAGAGUCAAACAAGGGUCAAUUUCAUACAUGAGCUGAUUCCAAAUCCAGCUGUAGAAAUUAAUCCUGCUAACUGAGUCAUGUGGCUGUAAAGCAUGAAAUACUGUUACCUAGCAUGGACACAGUUUAAGCAAUUUUGUUGCUUUAACUGUUGACAGUUUUGAGAUGCUGCUCUCUUAUGCAAGGCGUCUUACUGAUUACUAUCGUGUUUUCUAACCUCUCCCAGUUUCUCUAUUUCUUAUUCAGUGGUGGUCUAGCGGUUAGAACGCUG